UAUCCUUGGAUGCUUCCACUCAAGUCACAGCCUUCUGCUUCCAUCCUUCAUUGUUCACAUCUCAAGAUAACAGAGUUCUUAGAGGGAGAGAGAGAGGGAGAUGGAAGGGAAAGAGGAGGAUGUUAGGGUGGGAGCCAACAAGUUCGCAGAGAGGCAGCCAAUAGGGACGGCAGCCCAGACCCAGGACAAGGACUACAAGGAGCCCCCACCAGCUCCCUUGUUUGAGCUGGAGGAGCUCUGGUCGUGGUCCUUCUACAGGGCUGGGAUAGCAGAGUUCAUGGCCACCUUCCUCUUCCUCUACAUCACCAUCCUUACUGUCAUGGGUGUGGUCCAGGCCAAAAGCAAGUGCUCCACUGUGGGCAUCCAAGGGAUUGCUUGGGCCUUUGGUGGCAUGAUCUUUGCCCUGGUCUACUGUACUGCUGGGAUCUCUGGUGGCCACAUCAACCCGGCUGUCACCUUUGGGCUGCUGUUGGCGAGGAAGCUUUCCCUGACCAGGGCUCUGUUAUACAUGGUGAUGCAGUGCCUGGGAGCCAUCUGCGGUGCUGGUGUGGUCAAGGGGUUUCAGAAGGGGAUCUAUGAGAGCAAUGGUGGAGGAGCCAAUGUUGUGGCUCCUGGCUACACCAAGGGUGAUGGCUUGGGUGCAGAGAUCAUUGGCACCUUUGUCCUUGUCUACACUGUCUUCUCUGCCACCGAUGCCAAGAGGAGUGCCAGGGACUCUCAUGUGCCUCUCCUUGCUCCCUUGCCUAUUGGGUUUGCUGUUUUCCUUGUUCACCUGGCCACCAUCCCCAUCACUGGAACUGGUAUCAACCCCGCCAGGAGCCUUGGGGCUGCCAUCAUCUACAACAAGGACCAUGCUUGGGAUGACCAGUGGAUUUUCUGGGUGGGACCAUUCAUUGGAGCUGCACUUGCUGCGUUUUACCACCAGAUAGUCAUCAGGGCAAUCCCAUUCAAGAGCAGGCCUUGAGCCUUCAUCAACAACCUUCAGUUCUCUUCGUGUGGCUUGCAGUUUCUGCCUCUCCAUCUUGUCUCUGGCCAAUUCCCCCUCCUGUCUUAUGUUUUCCAUCACUUUGGCUGUUUGUUAAGUGUGUAAAUUAAGUAAAUGCUACGUUGCCAUCAUAUGGUCAACUAUUGUGCGGCUUCUGGACUAGUAUAUGCCUCAGUCUCACGUC